GACGUCAUGGAUCCUGCCGUUGAUGCUGAACGGGCGCGCCAACUGUCGCUCUUCCGUCCUCUAGGAUACCAGCGCAGCUCGUGCGGUUAUUGUAAAUCAGACAAUGGCAGUGCUUCCUACUACACGAGCUCGGUAUCCGUUCGCCCCGCUCAUUACGAGGAGCUUGUUGACCGUGGUUGGAGAAGAUCGGGGACGCUCUACUAUAAGCCGAAUUUACAGCGAUCAUGCUGUCCUCAUUACACGAUGAGGCUGGAAGCCUCCGCUUUCAAACCUCGGAGGGACCAACGUAAGGCCGUCAAUCGCUGGAACAAGUUCAUCCUGGGCCCGGAGUAUAUCCGUCGUGCGGCAUACCUGUGCCCCAAGACACGAGAGGAAAAGAAGCAGCGUCGGGAUACAUUCGACCUAGCGGACGCCGUCCACCAGGCGGAAUACGACCGGGUCAAGCGUCCCAUUGACCCCAAGACCAAGAAGCCCCUGGAGCCCGCGCACCGCUUCGAGGUCAACCUCGAAGGCGACUCCAUCUCCCAGGCCAAAUUUGAGCUGUUCCUCAAAUACCAGACCACCGUCCACAAAGAGGACGUCUCCAAAUGGCAGACCAAGGACUUCAAGCGGUUCCUCUGCUCGGGCAUCACGCGAUCCCCGGCUAACGCGGCCCGAUCCGACGAGCAGAAACUCGGCUCGUGGCAUCAGUGCUAUCGGCUCGACGGCAAGCUCAUUGCCGUCGCCGUUCUGGACUUGAUGCCCCACGGCGUGAGCUCGGUCUACAUCUUCUACGACCCGGCAUAUGAAGCGUGGGAAUUCGGCAAGCUCUCCGCGAUGCGGGAGAUUGCUAUGGCAGCGGAGGAGAAGUACCAGUAUUACUACAUGGGAUACUACAUCCACUCCUGCCAGAAAAUGCGCUACAAGGGGACAUUCCGCCCCCAGUACAUCCUAGACCCAGAAUCCUACACCUGGGACCCACUAGACGGCGAACUCGCCCAGAAACUCGACAAGCGCGCCUACGUUUCCCUAUCGGGUGAUCGAGCGCGCAGCAGUAAUGGGACGACAACAACAACCGGCGAGACCGACACCGCCGCCGACGCGGAAAUCAACGACGAGGAGGUGUCCCUCUUCGACGUGCACAUGCCAGGUGUCCUCACUUUGGAUGAGAUGCCCACGAUUGAUCUCGAUAACUGGUUAUUGCUUGUUCAUGGCACGUUUGUGCAUAUGAAUGACCUCAGAGGAUGGGAAUCAAUGCCCAUGGAUAACCCCCAGUCCGUCAAGGGAAUCAUAGCCGAGCUGGCGGCUGUGUUGGGGCCUGCGGUUGUGGCGAAUAGCGCGGUGGUUUUGUUUGAUUGAUUUGUUUAUUUACCCGUUCUAUAUAUUUAUCAAAGAUGCUCUGUUUAUAGAAUAUAGGAGAGUGGAGAUAGGAAGAAAUGAUGAGGAUCAAGUGUUGUGUUUUUUGUUUGACUGAGAGUCGCGUGCACGUAUAUAUUUGUGGGAAUUGUAUCAACGGUAUUAGACAGACGUAGUAUAUCCCCAACUCCAGAAAAUGUAAUGCAGUCCAGUAUGC